GAUAUCUCUCUGAUUCUUCGAUUUCGCCUCUCUCUCUCUAUCUCCUUCCUUCUCCUCCUAUCUCUAAUCUCUUCUCUUCUCUCUCUAUCGGGAAACCAAAGCGGUUCUUGUUUGGAUCAAAAGGCGAAGUCAAGGCGGAGAAAGAAAAGAGAGGGUCGUGAGAUAUGGUUGAGACGAGACGUAGCUCUUCCGCUUCCAAGCGUUUCUGUGCUUCUUCUUCUUCUCCUGAAGCUUCUUCUUCUCAAAGGCCUAACAAGCGAUCUAAGGUUAAGAUCGAUGCCGCUGCUUCUGCUCUCGAGCCUGCGGCGGCGGCGGAACCGGCUGGUUCUUCUUCGGCGAGCGAGGUUCCGAUCGAGAAUCAAGGACCUGCUUCGGAUCCUGGAUCGGAAUCUGGAGAGCCGGAACUUGGAUCCUCUGAUCCACAGGCUAUGGAUGCGGACAAGCCUGUUGUUACCACUGAUGUCCCGGUGAUGGAGAACUCUCCUGAAACCGACGCUAACCCUGAAGUUGAAGUCUUGGCGACACCUACCGUUGCAGGUGAAGUGAUGGCGGAUGCUGAGAAAUCCAAGGCUGCUAAGAAGAGGGCUUUAAAGGCGCCAUGGGCGAAGCUACUUUCCCAGUAUUCUGAGACUCCUCACCGUAUCAUGAGAGGCCCUGUGUUUACUGUUGGACGCAAGGGAUGUGAUCUAUCUAUCAGAGACCAAACUAUGCCCAGCACCCUGUGUGAACUGAAGCAGUCUGAGAAUGGUGGUCCAUCAGUUGCAUCCCUGGAGAUAAUAGGGAAUGGAGUUAUUGUUCAGGUCAAUGGCAAGUGUUACCAGAAAAGUACUUGUGUUCAUCUACGGGGUGGUGACGAGCUGAUCUUCAGCAUUGCUGCGAAACAUUCUUAUAUAUUUCAACCUCUUAAAGAUGAAAAUCUAGCUGCUCCUGACAGAGCUUCUUCGUUGAGUAUAUGUGAAGCUCGUGGUGCCCCUCUGAAAGGGGUUCAUGUCGAGACAAGAGCAGGAGACUCCUCAGCUGUUGAUGGGGCCUCUAUAUUGGCAUCUCUAUCAAAGUACCGCAACUUACAUCUUCUACCACCAAUUGCUAAAGCGGCCAAGAGGCAGCAAAAUCCUGCGGUUCCUGUGGUACCUUCCAGUUUCAAUGAUUACAUCUCGGAUACAGACAUGAACGAUGCUGAUAGUAACAAUGACCAUGCUGCUGUUGCUUCUGUGGAGAAAACUGCUGCUGCUUCUACCUCUUGUACUGCCAAUGAGAACCUGAAUGUCGAUGGCAGUGGAUUGGAUCCUUUUCAAGAAGCUGAUGGUGGAAAUGUUCCUGGUCCUGGUUAUGAAAUUAGACCAAUCGUGCACCUUCUUGGUGAGUCUUCUUCAUUUGAUAUACGGGGAAGCAUCUCCAAACUGCUGGAUGAACGAAGGGAAGUGAGGGAAUUCCUCAGAGAAUUUGACCUUUCAUCAACUAUAUCGACUAGACGCCAAGCGUUGAAGGAUAGUCUGCGAGGAGGAGUACUCAAUGCGCAAAACAUAGAAAUUUCUUUUGAGAACUUCCCAUAUUAUUUAAGUGCUGCGACAAAGGGUGUUUUGAUGACAUCGAUGUUUGUCCAUAUGAACGGUGGAAGCAAGUAUGCAAAUUUUGCAACAGACUUGACUACAGCGUGUCCCCGUGUAUUACUCUCUGGACCAUCAGGCUCUGAGAUAUAUCAGGAAAUGUUGGUGAAAGCGCUUGCUAAAAAUUUUGGGGCCAAAUUGAUGAUUGUUGACUCUCUUUUGUUGCCUGGGGGAUCACCAGCCAGGGAAGCUGAAUCUUCUAAAGAAGGUUCUAGGCGUGAAAGGCUGUCUAUGCUUGCGAAAAGAGCUGUUCAGGCUGCACAAGUAUUGCAGCAUAAGAAACCGACUUCAAGUGUUGAUGCUGAUAUAACAGGUGGCUCAACAUUAAGCUCUCAGGCUUUGCCAAAACAAGAAGUGUCAACAGCAACUUCUAAAAGUUACACAUUCAAAGCAGGUGACCGAGUAAAAUUUGUAGGUCCAUCGGCUUCUGCAAUUUCUUCUCUUCAAGGCCCGCUUAGGGGACCGGCCGUUGGUUUCCAGGGAAAAGUACUCCUUGCAUUUGAAGACAACUGUGCUUCAAAAAUUGGGAUUAGAUUCGAUAGGUCUGUACAAGAUGGCAAUGAUCUUGGUGGCCUCUGCGAAGUAGACCAUGGUUUUUUCUGUGCUGCUAGCUCACUUCGGUUAGAAGGUUCUUCUAGCGAUGAUGCUGAUAAACUCGCCGUUAAUGAAAUCUUUGAGGUCGCAUAUAGUGAGAGUGAAGGAGGGUCACUAAUAUUGUUCCUGAAAGAUAUUGAGAAAUCUCUUGUGGGGAACAGUGAUGUGUAUGCAACCUUGAAGAGCAAGCUCGAGACUUUACCGGAAAAUAUAGUUGUCAUGGCCUCACAGACCCAGUUGGACAGCCGAAAGGAGAAAUCCCAUCCUGGAGGUUUCUUGUUUACUAAGUUUGGUGGCAAUCAGACGGCACUACUGGAUCUAGCAUUUCCGGAUAAUUUUGGUAAACUGCACGAUAGAAGCAAAGAAACACCUAAAUCAAUGAAACAAAUAACUCGACUAUUUCCUAACAAAGUCCCCAUCCAGUUACCUCAGGAUGAAGCUUUACUCUCGGAUUGGAAGGAGAAACUCGACCGUGACACAGAGAUUUUGAAGGUUCAGGCUAAUAUAACCAGCAUCCUUGCAGUCCUCGCCAAAAACCGACUUGACUGCCCUGACCUUGGAACCUUGUGCAUCAAAGAUCAAACCCUUCCAUCUGAAAGUGUUGAAAAAGUGGUUGGCUGGGCUUUCGGUCACCAUCUUAUGAUAUGCAAAGAACCUAUAGUUAAAGACAACAAGCUUGUUAUCUCUGCAGAAAGCAUUACAUAUGGCCUGCAGAUGUUACAUGAUCUUCAGAACGAAAACAAGAGUUUAAAGAAGUCUCUCAAGGAUGUUGUUACUGAGAACGAAUUUGAGAAAAAACUGUUGUCGGAUGUCAUUCCACCUAGCGAUAUAGGUGUUUCCUUUGAUGAUAUUGGGGCUCUGGAAAAUGUGAAAGAAACAUUGAAGGAGUUGGUGAUGCUUCCUCUUCAGAGACCGGAAUUGUUUGGCAAAGGCCAGCUCACAAAGCCUACGAAAGGUAUACUGUUGUUUGGACCUCCUGGUACUGGGAAGACAAUGCUGGCAAAGGCAGUAGCAACUGAGGCUGGCGCAAAUUUCAUCAAUAUCUCAAUGUCUAGCAUCACUUCGAAGUGGUUUGGUGAGGGAGAGAAGUACGUUAAAGCUGUCUUCUCCUUAGCGAGCAAGAUUGCGCCCAGUGUCAUUUUUGUUGAUGAGGUUGAUAGCAUGUUGGGUAGACGUGAAAAUCCUGGGGAACAUGAAGCUAUGCGCAAGAUGAAGAACGAAUUCAUGAUAAACUGGGACGGUUUACGAACAAAGGAUAGAGAACGGGUUCUGGUACUCGCUGCCACCAACAGACCAUUUGAUCUAGACGAAGCUGUUAUUAGACGGCUUCCUCGGAGAUUGAUGGUUAAUCUUCCAGAUGCAACGAACAGAUCAAAGAUUUUGAGCGUCAUUCUAGCAAAAGAAGAAAUAGCACCAGACGUUGAUUUAGAAGCUAUAGCAAAUAUGACAGAUGGGUACUCAGGAAGUGACUUAAAGAAUCUGUGUGUGACCGCAGCACAUCUUCCAAUCCGAGAAAUACUGGAGAAAGAAAAGAAGGAGAAAACUGUAGCUCAGGCUGAGAACCGUCCCACACCGCCAUUGUAUAGCUGCACAGAUGUUCGUCCCCUGACAAUGAACGAUUUCAAGGCUGCCCAUGAUCAGGUAUGCGCAAGUGUUUCUUCAGACUCCUCGAACAUGAACGAGCUUCAGCAAUGGAACGAGCUGUAUGGUGAAGGAGGAUCGAGGAAGAAGACGUCGUUGAGCUACUUCAUGAUUUUGAAAAUGCAAGGAGAUUCGUCUCCUUCUCCGUCUCCGACGACUACUAGCUCUCCUUUGAUAAGACCGAUUAACAGAAACGUAAUUCACAGAAUCUGCUCCGGUCAAGUCAUCUUAGACCUCUCUUCUGCCGUCAAGGAGCUAGUGGAGAACAGUCUCGACGCCGGAGCUACCAGUAUAGAGAUCAACCUCCGAGACUACGGCGAAGACUACUUUCAGGUCAUUGACAAUGGUUGUGGCAUUUCCCCAACCAAUUUCAAGGUUCUAGCACUCAAGCAUCAUACUUCUAAAUUGGAGGAUUUCACAGAUCUUCUGAAUUUGACUACUUAUGGUUUUAGAGGAGAAGCCUUGAGCUCUCUCUGUGCAUUGGGCAAUCUCACGGUGGAAACAAGAUCAAAGAAUGAGCCAGUUGCUACGCUCUUGACGUUUGAUCAUUCUGGUUUGCUUACUGCUGAAAAGAAGACUGCACGCCAAAUUGGUACCACUGUCACUGUUAGGAAGUUGUUCUCUAAUUUACCUGUACGAAGCAAAGAGUUUAAGCGCAAUAUACGCAAAGAAUAUGGGAAGCUUGUAUCUUUAUUGAAUGCAUAUGCACUUAUUGCGAAAGGGGUGCGGUUUGUCUGCUCUAACACAACUGGGAAAAACCCUAAGUCUGUUGUGCUGAACACACAAGGGAGGGGUUCACUUAAAGACAAUAUCAUAACAGUUUUCGGCAUGAACACCUUUACAAGUCUACUGCCUGUACGUAUAUGUAUAUCAGAAGAUUGUAGAGUUGAAGGGUUUCUUUCCAAGCCUGGACAGGGUACUGGACGCAAUUUGGCAGAUCGACAGUAUUUCUUUAUAAAUGGUCGGCCUGUAGAUAUGCCAAAAGUCAGCAAAUUGGUGAAUGAGUUAUAUAAAGAUACAAGUUCUCGGAAAUAUCCAGUUGCCAUUCUGGAUUUUGUUGUGCCAGGUGGAGCAUGUGAUUUGAAUGUCACGCCCGAUAAAAGAAAGGUGUUCUUUUCUGAUGAGACUUCUGUUAUCGGUUCUCUGAGGGAAGGUCUGAACGAGAUAUAUUCCUCUAGUAAUGCGUCUUAUAUUGUUAAUAGGUUUGAGGAGAAUUCAGAGCAACCAGAUAAGGCUGGAGUUUCAUCUUUUCAGGAGAAAUCAUUUCUCCUGUCAAAAGAAAUUGUUUUGGAUGUCGGUUCUAAAACAAUACAAGGGGAAACUAUUGAGAAGGAAAAUCCAUCCUCAAGGGAGGCUGAGAUUGAUAAUAGUUCGCCAAUGGAGAAGUUUAAAUUUGACAUUAAGGCACGUGGGACUAAGAAAGGGGAAGGUUCUUUAUCAGUCCAUGAUGUGCCCCUAACUGUAACUCACCUUGACAAGACAACUAGCAAAGGUUUGCCUCACUUAAAUGUGACGGAGAAAGUCACCGAUGCAAGUAAAGACUUGAGCAGUCGCUCUAGCUUUGCCCAGUCAAAUUUGAAUACUUUUGUUACCAUGGGAAAAAGAAAACAUGAAAACAUAAGCACCAUCCUCUCUGAGGUACCUGUUCUCAGAAACCAAACAUCUAGUUAUCGUGUGGAGAAAAGCAAAUUUGAAGUUCGUGCUUUGGCUUCAAGGUGUCUCAUGGAAGGCGAUCAAGUAGAUGGUGUGGACAUCUCGAAGGAAGAUAUGACACCAAACGAAAUGGAUUCUGAACUAGGCAAUCGGACUCCUGGAACACAAACUGAUAAUGCUGAAAGACAUGAAAGAGAACAUGAAAAGCCUAUAUGUUUUGAAGAACCACCAUCAGAUAACACACUCACCAAGGGGGAUGUGGAAAGGAUUUCAGAGGACAAUCCAGGGUGCAGUCAGCCACUGCGAUCUGUGGCCACAGUGCUAGACUCCCCAGCUCAGUCAACCGGUCCAAAAAUGUUUUCCACAUUAGAAUUUAGUUUCCAAAACCUCAGGACAAGGAGGUUGGAGAGGCUGUCGAGAUUGCAGUCCACAGGUUAUGUAUCUAAAUGUAUGAAUACGCCACAGCCUAAAAAGUGCUUUGCUGCUGCAACAUUAGAGUUAUCUCAACCGGAUGAUGAAGAGCGAAAAGCAAGGGCUUUAGCUGCAGCUACUUCUGAGCUGGAAAGGCUUUUUCGAAAAGAGGAUUUCAGGAGAAUGCAGGUACUCGGGCAAUUCAAUCUUGGGUUCAUCAUUGCAAAAUUGGAGCGAGAUCUGUUCAUUGUGGAUCAGCAUGCAGCUGAUGAGAAAUUCAACUUCGAACAUUUAGCAAGGUCAACUGUCCUGAACCAGCAACCCUUACUCCAGCCUUUGAACUUGGAGCUCUCUCCAGAAGAAGAAGUCACUGUAUUAAUGCACAUGGAUAUUAUCAGGGAAAAUGGAUUUCUUCUAGAGGAGAAUCCAAGUGCUCCUCCCGGAAAACACUUUAGACUACGAGCCGUUCCUUAUAGCAAGAAUAUCACCUUUGGGGUCGAAGAUCUUAAAGACCUGAUCUCAACUCUAGGAGAUAACCACGGGGAAUGUUCGGUUGUCAGUAGCUACAAAACCAGUAAAACAGAUUCGAUUUGUCCAUCACGAGUCCGUGCAAUGCUAGCAUCCCGCGCAUGUAGAUCAUCCGUGAUGAUCGGAGAUCCACUCAGAAAAAACGAAAUGCAGAAGAUAGUAGAACACUUGGCAGAUCUCGAAUCUCCUUGGAACUGCCCGCACGGACGACCAACGAUGCGGCAUCUUGUGGACUUGACAACUUUACUCACACUACCUGAUGACGACAAUGAUGAUGAUGAUGCAACCAUCUCAUUGGCAUGAACUAAAAGUCUUAUUAACAU